AUGUUCGUGUGGUCACCAUCUAACAUGCCCUGCAUCGACCCAAGCAUCAUCUGCCACCAGCUCCAUGUCAACCCUACCAGCAAGCCUGUAGUGCAGAAGAGACGCAACUUUACUCCCAAGCGGGUUGCGAUCAUUGAAGCCGAGAUCGACAAGCUUCUAGCCACCGGAUUCAUUGAAGAGUUGCUCAGCAUCAUGGAUGCCUACUCCUGCUAUAAUCAAAUUAUGAUGUACGAUGAUGACAAUCAAAUUAUGAUGUAUGACGAUGACAAGGUGAAUACCUUUUUCAUCAUCGAGAAAGGGACCUACUGCUACAAGGUUAUGCCCUUUGGGCUGAAGAACGCUGGAGCAACCUACCAAAGGCUCGUGAAUAAAAUUUUCAAGGAGCAGAUCGGCAGAACAAUGGAAGUCUACAUGGAUGAUAUGCUGGUCAAAGGCCCCAAGUGUGCAGACCACCUAAAAAACCUCGCCGAGGCAUUCAGCUUGCUCCGCCAGUAUUGCAUGAAGUUGAAUCCAAGUAAAUGCACGUUUGGUGUAUCAUCCGGCCGAUUUCUAGGGUACACACACCCAUGCCAAAUCAAAGCUAUUCUCGAGAUGCAGUCGCCUUCCACAGUGAAGGAAAUACAAAGCUUGACAGGCAAAGUAGCGGCCCUCAACCGAUUUCUCUCGAAAUCUACUGACAAGUGCAGACCAUUGUUCGUGUACCUGGCAGUGUCCAACUCGGUUGUCAGCUCAGCUCUGAUCCGAGAAGAACUUGGGGCCCAACAUCUGAUAUUCUACACGUCAAAAGCUCUUCUCGAUGCAGAGACUCGCUACCCGAAAUUAGAGAAGCUCAUUUUGGUCCUUGUAGUUUCAGCGAGAAAGCUACGACCUUAUUACCAAGCUCACCGAGUCAUCGUCAUGACCGACUUUCCUUUUAGAUCGAUCCUCCACAGCCCUAAUGCUUCUCAGCGACUCAUGAAGUGGGCUAUAGAGCUAAGCCAAGACCUCCGCUAA